CAAAUUAUCUAACGUGAGAAGAGGCAAACAAUUCGAAUGAUUGAAUUCUCUUCAAAUAUACCAAACAGAUAGAACCAACAAACUAUCCAAACUUCAAGAGCUAAAGUUGAGAGAUUCCAAAUGGAAAUUGCAAUAUCAAUUUGGCUCCUGUUAAGUUCUUUUGCACUCCUUGUUCAAGCUCAAGAUCAAUCAGGCUUUGUCAGUCUAGAUUGUGGCCUACCAGCAAAUUCAUCAGGCCACAUCGAUCCAAAGACAAAUAUUAAGUAUAUAUCAGAUGCAAGCUAUAUAAAGACAGGGGAAAGUAGAAGCGUAGCACCUGAGUUCAAGAACUAUGAACAACCACUCUGGACUCUAAGAAGUUUUUCUCAUUAUAAUAGAAACUGUUACAAUAUAAGUGCCAUUAAAGACACCAGGUAUUUGAUUCGAGCAAGUUUCUUAUACGGAAAUUAUGAUGGGCUCAAUAAAACUCCACAAUUUGACCUGUAUUUGGGCAAUACUCGAUGGACAACAGUGGAUGAUAGCUACUACUACACAGAAAUGAUACACACACCGUCAAUUGAUAAAUUCCCAAUCUGUCUUAUCAACAUUGGCUAUGGAAUACCAUUCAUCUCAACAUUAGAGUUUAGAGAACUCCCUUAUCUCAGUUAUUAUUCUCCAUCAUAUUCCUCGUGCCUUUAUAAACGGUACGAUAUGGGGUCAAUAACAAAUCAGCAGUACAGGUUAGUUCAUGCAUGCUAUAGAAGAACUUAUGGACGAUAUAUUGAAAAAUCAGUGGAUGCAAUCAGUAAUGUUCAGUCGACUUAUGGAGUAAUAAAAAAUUGGGAAGGAGACCCAUGUGUGCCAAAUGGAUAUCCAUGGAGUGGUUUGGAUUGCAGCUUUGAUCCAAACCCUAGAAUCACAUCACUGAACUUGUCUUCAAGCGGACUGAAGGGUGAGAUUUCUCCCCACAUAAUCAGUCUACCUAUGUUACAAACAUUCGACUUGUCAAACAAUUACUUGACAGGAGGAGUACUUAGAUUUCUGUCCGAUUUGGAACACCUCACAAUCCUAAACUUAGAGAAUAACAAUCUCACAGGCUUUCUUCCACCUGAGCUCAUCAAAAAACAGGAGAGCCACUUACUUACAUUAAGGACAUGGGGCAAUCCAAAUUUAUGUACCCCAGAGACAUGCACAAAUAUGACACCUGAGGGGAAGAAAAGCAACAACAUAAUCAUCCCAGCAGUAGCAUCAGUGGGUGGAUUGCUUGCAUUCCUCAUAAUUGUAGUGAUUAUCUAUUGGAUUGUUAAAUCAAAUAAGAAACAACAAGCUUUGAUAGUGGAUCCUACAAAGACCUACACCCAAUUAGGCACUUCCUUGGAGACAAGGAGACGACAGUAUACUUAUACAGAGGUUGUGAGGAUGACCAACAAUUUUGAGAGGGUUCUUGGUAAGGGAGGUUUCGGGAUGGUUUACUAUGGAGUGCAAGAUGACACUCAAGUGGCUGUGAAGAUGAUUUCUCCAUCAGCAGUACAAGGCUACAGUCAGUUUCAAGCAGAGGUUACAAUUCUUAUGAGAGUUCACCAUAGAAACUUAACAAGCCUUGUAGGUUAUAUGAAUGAUGAAGGUCACCUUGGCCUCAUUUAUGAGUACAUGGCCAACGGAAACCUGGCUGAGCAUCUUUCUGAGAAAAGCACAAGUAUCUUAAGCUGGGAAGACAGACUUCGGAUUGCAAUAGAUGCAGCUCAAGGGCUGGAGUAUCUGCAUCAUGGUUGUAAGCCACCAAUAGUCCACAGAGAUGUGAAAACAACAAACAUCUUAUUGACAGAAAAAUUCAAUGUCAAACUUUCUGAUUUUGGUCUUUCAAAGACUUAUCCAACGGAUGACAAGUCCUACAUGAGCACUGUUAUUAUUGGCACUCCGGGUUACCUUGAUCCAGAGUACUAUACAUCAAACAGGCUAACUGAAAAAAGCGAUGUGUAUGGUUUUGGAGUUUCCUUGAUGGAAGUAAUUAGUUGCAGACCAGUAAUUUCAAACAUCCAAGACCCAGAAACAAAUUACAUAGCCAAAUGGCUGCGCACCAUGGUUGCUCAGGGAGAUAUCAAGAAUAUAGUUGACCCAAGAUUAAAAGGAGCAUAUGAAAGUAACUCUGUUUGGAAAUCUGUGAGGGUAGCCUUGGCUUGCGUAUCAGUAGACUCCAGUGAAAGGCCAACGAUGAAUCAAGUAGUGAUAGAGCUGAAGGAUUGCUUAGCCAUGGAGUUGAAUCAAAGAUCAGAAAGGCGUACCCAGAAUUGAGACUUCACUGAAACGACGUCCAUAACUAUGAUCGUGAAUGCCACUCAUGCCAGUCCCAUGCCAAGAUGAAGAAAUUCUACAAACUGACUUCAAGUUUUUUUUUUUUUAUUUUUGCUGGUUUCAACUUUCAGUUUCCCUUUGAACUACUUGAAUUGGUUGAUGUUUAGUAUGCAAUUGUGUACACA